AUGCUAUUUAAUCCUUUAUUUAAUUUUCAAUAUCAUGAACAUGUAGUGUGCGUCAAUCCCAAAACAUUGGGGUACGUCAAUGAGUACCUAUCAGGGACAUUGAUGUGCGUCAAUGAAUGCCUAAAGGUUGUUGUGCUGCACAGCUAUCCUAACCUUGCAGUUUUCACAGAGUGUGACAUUCACUUAUUUAAUGUGUUUCAUUCUUCUCCCUUUCAGAUGACUGACUCCGAUGAAGCUACUGUAAUCAGACCCUCACUGAGUGAGGCCCAGGUGGUGGAGUUGGUCGGACGGUUGUACGGCCUGAAGGUUUCAAAAGUCAAACCACUGCCCAGUUACAUGGACCAGAACUUCCACGUCCUGGUGUGCGAGACCCAGGAAGGUGGAGAUCACGGGGAGAGCUACGUCCUCAAGGUUCUGAACACUGACGACAGCCAAUACGCUGAUUUGGUGGAAGUACAAACGCGAGUCAUGAUGUUCCUAAACCAGAAAGGUUUUCCUACAACCACACCAAUCCCAACCAUUGAUGGCAAGAUUCUGUCCCUGGAGACAAUCAGUUGUGGUGAAGAAUAUAAGAACUACAUGGUCCGAUUGUUGACCUACCUGCCAGGAACUCAACUACUGGGGAUCUCUGCAGACCCACGGAUCCUGUACAAAAUUGGCCGAACACUUGCUCAGAUUAACAAAGCUCUGACAGAAUUCAAGCACCCCAACAUUAAGAGUCUGCAGCGAGAUUCUGACAUCUGGAACCUUUCAAACACUCACCAGCUGCACAAGUACCUGUCCGCAGUGAAGAAUACCAGCGAUUGCCAAAUUGUGGAGCAAAUUUUUCAGCAAUUUAUGAAGAAGAUACUUCCAAAUAUCAACAACUUUCAUAAAAGUAUUAUUCACGGGGACUUCAGCCACACCAACAUUCUUGUGCAGCCUCUUCAUUCAUCAGCUGAUUGCUGCAACGUAGCAGGUCACAUGCAGCAGGAACUGGAGAUUUCUGGCAUCCUGGACUUUGGCGACACGGCUUGUGGUUACUAUGUGUAUGACUUGGCCAUCUGCAUAAUGCACCUCAUGCUGGACAGCGAAGACCCCCUGCAUGUUGGAGGCCAUAUUCUCGCAGGUUUCGAGAGUGUGAUCCCUUUAACUCUCCAGGAAAGGGAUGCCUUGUAUUUGCUGGUUCUUUGCAGGUUUUCCCAGGCGUUGGUUUUAGGGACAUAUAAUAUUCUGCGUUACCCAGACAAUGAAGAGUACCUACAGAUCGCAACAAGAACUGGCUGGAAGCAUUUGCACCAACUCUGGGAGCUAGGAAAAGAAGCAGUGGAGAAGAUUUGGUUUGAGACGGCCAAGUCCUACCUCACCCUGUGAAACCUCCAUUGGUUCUCAGUGCCGGAGUAUCAUUGCCUCUCCCACAACAUCCAUAUUUGAAAGAAAGAUUAAAACACAAUCGAGAAAUAUUCCUACCAUUUGAAAUUAUAUCCAGAUGGAUUUUGUCAUUUUUCACUGGCAUCCUUUAGUUUAGUUUAGUUUAUUGUCACCUAUACCGAGGUACAGUGAAAAGCUUUUGCUGCAUGCUAACUAGUCAGCAGAAAGUCAAUACAUGAUUACAAUUGACCCAUUUACAGUGUAUAGAUACUUAAUAAGGGAAUAACGUUUAAUGUAAGGUAAAGGCAGCAAAGUCCAAUCAAGGAUAGUCCAAGCAUCAACUAAGAGGUAUAUAGUUCUUCAGCACUGCUCUCUGGAUUAUGUUUUUCGCUGGCCAUCUUUCAUUCACAUUUUCGACUGUAACUGAAUCAACAGUCCAAGUGUGAACCUCUCUACAAUCACUGAGUCCCAGUCUAGAGCUUCCCCUGCGUGGACCUGAAACGGUGCAGCCAACCAUCAUGAGAUGUGAUGCCUGGUAAAUAGUCUCACUAUCCUCUGUCUAAUUGUCCUGCACAUACUGGAACACAAAUCUGGGAACUAAUCUCCAAACCUCAUACCAUUCCCAAUUACAUAGUGGGUAAUUUUCUGUCAGGUUUGUGUUUGUAAAUGAUCUACAAUUUGUACAUGAAUGGGAUUGAAAUUGCACCAAAACGCCUCCACAUGUUGA